CUUUUCAUUUGCUCGUGUUCGUACCGCACUACCAUUAUGGCUUCUGUCGCCCGCCGCACUGCGUAUACCGCACAACCGCCGACGUCGUCGACGGCGCCGACCGUAUUUAUUGUCUCGUGGAACGACUUUUUGUGCCCGACGACGUUUCUGAGCAAGCGCAAGAGCAACCAACACGUGACCAAGACGGCAUUCGCAAACUUGGAUGCGAGCAUCGAGCGCAUUCUGCUGCAUGCCAAGCAGUUCGGCACGGUCUUUGUACUCUGCGAAGACAAGGCGGCGACGAUUGAAGCGCUUUGCCACAAGUGGCUACCUCGCACCGCGCGCCUCUUCUCUGCCCCCGAGCUGCACAGCCAGAUCCACUUGAUUUGCGCCGCGACUGCCAUCACGCCUACGUGGCACGCACAGAUCGUCUACUCGAUCUGCUCGCCGCGACUCCACGCUGGCAACAUCGUCUUGGCCGUGUGUGGGAGCGCCCGCUUGCGCGCGAGCUGCCUCGAAGUCGCCAAGUACGUACCCGUCGUGCCCAAGAUUUUCGCAGCCACCGAGGCGGCGCCGUCCGUAAACCAAGCAACCAACCUCUCGCGCAUCGUGGCCGACAACCUCUCCAAGGCCAUGCAGCAUCCCGGUCCUCUCGACGCAACUAUUUAAGAAGAAGAAAAUUCCUACCGGCCAUCCCGUCGUAGCCGAUUGAGAUUUAUAUACCAUGAUGCACACUAUUGUAUUUACCACGCAUGUCGAAUUUGGUGUUUUAACUCACGGAUUUUAUCUGGCAUUAAAGUUUUAUUCACAUGAAAGACUCCACCUGCC